AUGCAGGAAAUAUUCGGUUCGGUCCGCAGAUCCCUCGUUUUCCGGCAGAGCUCUCACAAGGAGCUCCCUGGGGUGGGAGGAGGCGGAAGUAUGUCUAUCGCGGACAGGAUCGGAUCUUGUCUCAGGAAGUCGAGGGUCGGUUUGGCAGGACUUGGGCUAGGUUUGCUUCCCAGGCUCCAGCCUCCCCCCCCUACACUACUGGCGUCGAUGGUUCUUCCAGAACUUGUGUCAGCUCAGACUCCUGACGCUGCUGAGGACAACACCGCAAUCAGGUGGAGGAAGGGCGAACUUAUCGGUUGCGGCGCCUUUGGGCAUGUGUACAUGGGCAUGAACCUCGACUCUGGAGAGCUCCUUGCGGUCAAACAGGUUCUCUCUUUCUCUCUGUUCCCUCUCUGUCUCUGCAUCCUCCAAUUGAAUUUGCAUUAUUUAUUUAUUAUUCUUAUUUCCCAUCAUUGAUCCCCGAUGUUCGUGUAGGUUUUGAUAGGAACGAGCCACGCCUCUAAGCAGAAGGCACAGGUACAAAAAAAAUUCCAAUUCAUUUCUCAGUGUUAUUACUUUUCUUGGUUCGCUUUUCGUUUCUGUCACUUUUUGUUUUUAUCAUCUCAAAUAUUUGGUAUGUAGCGGCCUAGAAAACGUUAUUUUUUCAUUACUACUGUACUUCCUUCGGACGUACAUUGUAUCCUGCUUCCUGAAGUGAGACUUUCGAUCCUGAAGUGAGACUUUCGACCUCUAUUGUAGAUAAAUCUGUUGUUGACUAACAAUUUCCAUUUGAAUAGGAUAACAUACGGGAGCUCGAGGAAGAAGUCAAGCUUCUGAAGAACCUUUCUCAUCCCAAUAUUGUUGUGAGUGUCAUAUCAUUCACUGUUUUCUUCUUAAGCAACUCUCAAUAAUCGUUUGGUCGUCGUAUGAAUUGUGACAGAGAUACCUGGGAACGGCUAGGGAAGAAGACACUUUAAAUAUUCUCUUAGAGUUUGUCCCAGGUGGAUCCAUAUCCUCAUUAUUGGGGAAAUUUGGCUCUUUUCCUGAGGCCGUAAGCUAUUUCUGUCUUUGUACAAUAAUUUUUUAAUUUUAUGAUGACAUUGAAUUGAACUUAAUCCCAAAGGGCAUAAAUAACAGGUUAUAAGAAUGUAUACAAAGCAGCUUCUGCAAGGACUUGAGUAUCUUCAUCAGAAUGGGAUCAUACAUAGAGACAUAAAGGUCUCACUCUUUUGGCCUCUUUAUUGAUUACUAUACCUCACCCCGUAGUUUCUCUUGCCUGACAAAAGCCAUGGAUUUUCAGGGAGCAAAUAUUCUUGUGGAUAAUAAAGGUUGUAUCAAGCUUGUUGACUUUGGCGCAUCCAAGCAAGUGGCCAAACUGGUACAAAUAUACAACGCUCUUUAUUUCAUUCUGCUCCUUUGUAGUGGGAAUGUGAUAAAUCCACCAGAUUAUCAACUUUCAUGCCUGUUCUCAAUCAAUUAUUUCAUCUAUCAUUUUGGGAGGGAAUGGACGGGGAAGCCAUUGUGGAUUGUGUUAACUUUUCAUGCGUACAAUUGUCUCCCAUAAUGAGAAUAUUUCAAGAAAAAUCCAAUCGUAUCAUUGUAUGAUUAAAUCAUCUUCAGAAGUUACAUAACGAUGAAUUCUACUGUUUCUUUUAUUUUAUGUGGUUUUUAUCUAUGGUAAAUUUUCAUAGUUAUACUACUGUUAUCCUCUCAUUUUCUGGGCAUAUGAUCUUAGAAAGAAAUAGCUGUGGAAUUGCUUGAUGAUAAAAUUAAAAAAAAUCGAUUUAAUUCACGAUUUAUUACUUUUCAGGCUACCCUUAAUGCUGCCAAAUCAAUGAAAGGUACUCCAUAUUGGAUGGCUCCAGAGGUCAUUGUGCAGACAGGGCACAGUUUGUAAGCACCGAAUCACAGUCUUUUUGCCUCACUUAAUAAACAUUAUGAUGAACUUAUUUUCUGUUUUUCUCGUAGAAAGACUUGCAGUUUAGAUGUGAUAAUCAUCAAUUUAGGCAGCAAGUGAAAAAAAGGAAAAAGUUUCGAAUACAUGCUAUUUCAUGAAGCAACAUGAAAUUGGUACAAUUUAUGAGCGAACUCAUCCAUCAUUGCAGGACAUACUUGCCUGACAUCAAAUUAGACGGUCUCACUACCAAAUCAGCUUCAAUUACAUAGCUUUUUAGUCAAACGAGUGAUAGGGAUCAAUUUAGAUGUUAGAGCACCGAAUAGCACUCAAACUCUAUAGAACCUUAAAAUUAUAAUAUAUAUUUUGAGACAGAAAGUAGAAAUACAUAUUGGAACCAAACUUUACACUAUUUUGAAGGUAUAAACUUCUUUUGAUCAGGACAACCCAAGUAGUUGCUUUAACUUGAACAAUGUAACUCUUGAAAUUAAUACCUGGGCUGUUGGUGUGUUGUAUUCUUCUCCUGCACCGCUGGAUAUUAGAAUAUUACUAAUUCAUUGAAGCAUCGUUUUUUCUAAAGCAUAUGUUGUACAGCUUGUUUUCUUUUUUUGAAGAGGCUUGACUGGAUAGAGAGGUCUGUGUUUUCUUUGAUGGCUGGUGAUUGGGUCGUUGAGGUUUGAAUGAUUGUGGAUGAAGAUGAAAUAUUAAUAUUGGGUUAUUGUGUUACGAGGUCAAAAAUCACAAAAAGUGGACGAGGAUAAAGUCUAAACAUGAAAUGUCAUUUUUUAUGAUAAAACCUUUUAUUUGGGGAAUAUUUUUUCUAUAUUGGGCCCUUCAGUAUACUGACGAUUGUGCAUAUGGCAAUGGUUCUACUCCUGUAGUCUCACCUGUUAUUAUUAAUAGGAUGGUAAAUAGAGGUAGCAGUGGAUUUGUUUCAAAAAUAGAAAGUAAUUUGUGAUUUGCAUAACUUGAUUGAUGUAAUAGAUAUCCUAUCAAUUUUAUAAGAUCAGUUAAAAAUAGAAGCACGAGAUUUUAUAUAACUCAUCUUUUGGAAAAAAAUGUUAUAUCUAUCCGGCAUUUCAGUUUGUAGGUGGAUGUGGAUUCAAUGAAUGAACUUUUUUUGACAUUAAAUUAUCAAUUAUAUAAAAAAUAUUAGUGACGGCUUUUUAGACGACUUAUAAAACUGAUUUUGAUUAAAUUACUGGAUUUCCAAUAACCUAUCUAUUAGUGGUGCCUAUUAAACAUGAACAACCAUUUAUGGCGGAAAGUCACAUGAUGAAUGUAAAUAAAGAUUAGAAACUGGUAGCAGUAAAAUAAAAAUUUUCAGAAUUUUGUCUUAUGUUCACUAUGCCAGCGUGUAUAACUGAUUUUUUCUACAUUAUGACAAAUCCUCCUAGAGUUAGUUCUCAUUAAACGUUUUGGCACUCUAUUUGUUGACUAUACGACCAUAAGGAGAAAAUUAUCAUGUGUUAGUGUACAUAAUUUAUCAUGCGUGCAAUACUAAAACAUAAAACAGAUAGAUACAUGCAAGAUGAUAGGGCAAUCUAAACUUCUUGACAUGUCAGUUUUUGAAUGAGAACAACUUUCUCCCAAUAUUUUGUCAGGAACUAAGGGAAACUGGCAUCAAGACUGGUAGAAAGAAAAAGGACUGUUAAAGAUUUGUGUAUUAGGCCAAAACAUCAUUAAUAAAUGAGUUACAGGGUGGAUUUGGGCUGCUAUUAGGAUGAUUAUAAAAAUGCUGUUUUUGAGUUAAUGUGAACACCAUAGCUACUGCUAGAAUCAUUAGAUCUUCUGACCAAUAAUUUGUCAAGUCCAAGGUGGUUUUCGAUACCAUGCAUGCCAAAGGGUAAAACUAAAUAAUCACAGAUUUGGAUUAGCAAGAAAAGGAUAAAAGUUGACUCAACUUGAGGAUUAUAAAGCCACAAUGAGGACAUUGUGUGAGAGAACACAUGAUUAUGAUUUCAAUAUAAACUCUCUAUGGACACGGUCUGGUUAUAUCAGUGAUGGUAUGUCCGAGCUUCCAGUGAAGUUACUUCUGUGGUGAUAUGCAUUACAUACAGAGAUAUGUAUGGAUUAUUUGACAGUAUUGUCAUAUUGUGUAUCAUUCCUUUUGGCUCUUUCUUAUGAAACAUAGGUUUAUUAGUUUUACUCUAGCCCUCAUGCAUCACUUGCAGAGGAGAUUCUUUUGAUCUUCCGCUGCUAUCUGAAUGACAUCUUUUGGUUUUGACCUGUAGCCUUUAUUAGUUUUGUAUUUUUGAAAAAUGUGAUGCGAACCAUGUUUUUUGUGCCCUAGCAUUAUGGUUCUGGCCGCUCAUAAGCCAUGACAAAACAGUUUGUCCAGAUUGCUUCACAUUGCCAUAUAUGUAUGUCCUCCGUGAUCAUCAUAGUUGGACCUCUAAACUGGAAGCUUAUUCUUUCUUUCUUUCUCUAUCUUUCUUUAACGCUGUAUGUGAGAUAUAGAUCAUGGACCUUGUCUUGUAGAAUGGUUGAGCCAAAUUUUCUCAAAGUUAAUUAACUGCCCUACUUGAAGUCAGAUCAGUUUGCAGGUGCAAAGAAACUCUUAGUUCUUGUUUAGUCUUGGUAUCCUUCUACACGGAAAUGCUUAAGGUUAUUUUAAUUGUUGGAGGGGAAAUCAAUAAAUCUAGGAAUUAGGGCAUGUCUUCCUAUGGGGGGAAAUUGAACAUGUCUGUUUUUUACUGUAUGCUUUGAAAUUCGGGUGCCUCAGUUUUGUUUCAGAUGAAACAUUGGAAAUGUAGAAAUCAUCUGUUUUAACUUUGUUUGCAUAUAGAAGGUAUUGAUGGGUGCCUAGCCUUAAGGAUUUGCCAUAUAAUUCGUUCUAGUUAUAGUUACCAUAAUGCUAAUCGGUAUAUUUAUUCUUUUUUAUCCUACAAGUUUAUUCCAUGUUGACCAAAAUUAUUUCUAACAAAUGGAAAUUACUGAUUUCAUAGCUCUGCUGACAUAUGGAGUGUUGGCUGUACGGUUAUUGAGAUGGCCACUGGUAAACCUCCAUGGAGCCAGCAAUAUCAAGAGGUAAUAUUAUAAUAUUAUUUCUUCUUUUUAUUGGAUGCUUGAAUUUGUCCAUAUUUCAUUUAAUAUGUUGAAUCAUUUUUCUCAUUCACCUCACGUAUGUCUAAUUGUUAUCAAUGAAUGGUCUCAGCAUCAAUUUGUUCAUUGAUGUCUUUUCAUUUUUCCCAGGUUGCAGUUCUAUACCAUAUUGGUACGACAAAGUCACAUCCACCCAUUCCAGAGCAUUUAUCACCAGAGGCGAAGGAUUUUCUUCUCAAAUGUCUACAGAAGUAUUUGCCUUCACUCCAUUAUAUUUUGGGCAUAGUUUCUUUCCGAGCCACAGACGCCCUUUGCAUUGACUUGUAGCAUGCUCCUUCAGUGCCUUAAAGCCACUAUUCCUUUCCUGUUCGGGCUCUCUUAUCUAAAACAUUUAUGGUUCUAAAAUUCUCUGGGUGCUUAAAAAAGUGUUAAUAAAUCCUGGACCUUCUUCUGUUACCUUCAAAUUAAUGAGAACCAUGUAACUGUCCCCAUCGGACAUUAUUUCUAAUAAUGUCUGAGGUUUAUUUUCCUUUUCCUUGACAUAUAUUCGCCAUCUUUGCUUUCAUAUCUAAGCUUGUACUGUUAACAGGGAACCAAACUUGAGGGCAACCGCUUCUGAUUUAUUGCGGGUAAACUAUAUUCUUUUCACAUUUUUUUGACACCAUUGAAACUUGAACAUUGGUUCUGUCGAUACAUUUUAUUUCUCCUGGUAACAUCAAUUUAUCUUUCUCAGCAUCCAUUCGUCACUGGAGACAGCCAUCCAACGGGUUGCUCCUCUGUCACGGUCAGCCUAUUCCUCUUGUUCUCUAGCAAUUAUUUUUCUUCCCCACCGUGCUUUGCUGACGUUGACUUCACCAGCAGAAGCCUUCUCCAAGCGCACUUGGGAGGUCUCGGUGUAACCGAAAAGACUUGUAAGUUUCUUCUGAUAUCGAUAUCAUUUCUUGCCCUGUCCUUUGUAAGUCAUAACUUGGGUGAUCGAUCUCCUGGUAACUCCUCCAGCAUCAUCAGUCCAACGGAUAGUUGCGAUGUUUUGAAUAGCAUGGAAGAAGACUUCGGCGAUGGAAGCUGCUCGCCAUACGAGGGGAAGCUUAUCAGUGUCCGCCCAAUUUGGGAAACGAGCAGCAGCGACAACAUGUGCCAGCUUGAUGACAACACUGCGUCUGUCGCCGUUGGACAACAAGUGAGAGAUCCUGUCUAAUCUUACUAUUUCUGGAAAAUUCUCACAACGAAGCAAUUCUAGCUCAAAAAUUUACCAUUUUUGUAGAGUUUUAACCCGAUGUGCGAACCUUUUGACGAUGAAUGGCCGUGCAAAUUCGAUAAAACCCCAGAGGAAAGAAGGGGGGGGGAGUCAGAUGGUGGAGGAGGCUUCACGUUCCCUUGUGGAGCAGCGUGCGAGGAUGACGAUGAAGUCACAGAGACAAAGAUUCGGGCCUUUCUCGAUGAGAAGGUGGUAGCCCCAUGAAAUUAAAUUAAUCUUCAUUUCCCAAGCUCUGGGGUAGUUGUUUAUUACAAGUUUGGUUAUCCUCAGAGCUCCUCAUAUCACAUGUUUCUCCUCUCUCUCUCUCUCGCUCUCUCUCUCUCUCCCUCCCUCAGGCGCUGGAACUGAAGAAGCUGCAGACGCCCCUCUACGAGGAGUUCCACAACACCAUGAAUGCCUCUAAUUCGAAAAAUAUGUCGGGGCAUGUAGCACAGGAAAAAUACUCGAGUAAUUCGAAACUGCCCCCCAAAAUCCGGUCAUCGCCAAGCAGAAGAGGGAGUAAUGCGUCAUCUGCGGCACAGAUCGACGCCGUGAACAGUGGAAGCCCGGGGAAUUGUCUCUCGGCUGCUCCUGGUGGGGAUAAGAGCAGGAUCUUGAAAGAAGUUCCCUCGCCCUGCCUCAACCAGUGGGAUGGGGUUCUCGAAGAUGCCGAGCAGAAGCCAAAUGGUUUGAGGUCAGUCAACCCGAAUAUAUAGCUGCAUCAUCGUUAAUCAGCAUUUUUUCUCCAAUUCAUGCCUUUUGUGUCAUUUUUUGCCAUACCAAAUCGGCUUAUUGACUUCAUGGUGCCUCUUGUAAUCCUAUUGCUGAAAAUGUCGAGAACAGCGACAACUUUUCGGAGAGGCGGCGGAAGUGGAAGGAAGAGCUGGAUCAAGAACUCGCCGAUCAGCGAGGUGGGUUGCAUGCAUGAUGAGCACAUCACAUCAAUCAAGCCUUUGACUUUACGUGAUUGCAGCUCAUAAUAACAUGUUCUGGCGUCCCCCGACUGCAGAGAUGAUGCGCCAGGCGGGCGGCGUCGGCGGGAGAACAUCCUCUCCCAAGGAAACUUUCUCCAAUAGGAAGCGCGAUUGGUCAAAGUUUGCGUCCACUGGCAAAUGA